AAAUACAAAUAUGGUCAUAACGAGCCUGCCAACGGUUGAGGAAAUACAAAUAUGGUCAUAACGAGCCUGCCAACGGUUGAGGAAAUACAAAUAUGGUAGUGGCACUACAACGGACUAUAUGCUUAUAGUUGAUUAACUCAUAAUGGCUAACACAGAGCAAGAGGAGUUGAAGUCUUCACUAUGCGAGGAAAAUGAAGCGGACCAGUCUCUGACAGAAUUAGCAACGAAUACACAAGCUUUUGAAGAAGACGCAAUGGCGCCCUCGUUCGAUGUUGAGAGGGGUUUCUUAGCUGAAGGUGCAGAAGGCGCAGGAAGUGCUUUGUCCAAUCAGGAUAAGAGAAUGAUGGAUGAAAAAAUCUCUCCGAUUGAAAGGCAACUUGAGUACUUGCUGAACAAGGCGGAUGAGCUUCAAACACAGCUUUUAUGGAGCCGAGACUGCCUCCAGAAUUAUGGGUUUGCCCAUAUUGUCCCAAUGUUUUUGCAAACUUGUCAGCCAUAUUUCACUUACCUGGAGUCCACAGCCAGAAACUCUGACCCCUUCCGUCCACCUCUAUCCACAUAUAUACGCUCACAGCUUUUGCAGUUUUCUCAGCAACUGUGUUCUCGUCUAGAACAGCUGGUAUUGCUGUACGCCUCCUUCAGUUUGUUUUUACUGGAGGAAUCUGAUCCGCUGAGUAUCUCACACUUCUAUAUUGGCCAGUGUCAAAUUGACAGCAUGAAGCUGUCAAUCUUCCGCUACUGUUGCCCCACCCCCUUUCUUGCCUCAGCCAAUACGGGCCUGUACAAACGUAUGCGCUGGAAUGUGAAGCGAGAAAUAGAGGGAGAAGGAGAAGGACAGACAUAUGAUGGUGCAGAGUAUUACUUCCUGUGUUGUGAGGAUGUCAUUGAGGCAGCAGAUGAUAAGGAUGGAGACGGAAGCUGUGAGAAGCAAAAUACAGAAACCGAUAGAGAGAAUAGAGUCGAGAGGAUUUGGUCUAUUGGCCGGUGGAUCCAGACAUACCCUGACCCAGACACAGAGGACGUCACUGAUUGGGCGCUGUGUUCAAUUCCUUGUGGUCAGUACAAGCAGCUAUUGUGUCUGGGAAGUGAGGAGCCCUCAUCCUGCACUGCUACAGACUGCCUGCUGGGGGUGCUGUUGUCUCAGGAAACAGAUGGCACAUUUGGCAUGAAAACUUGAGGUGGUGCUUGCAUAGGGCCUCACCCAUUCUGGAUAGAGCCUUUGGUUUAUUGAAAUCAGAUGUAAGUACAGACAGAAAAAUCUAACGCCUGUCAGUUUUUACAAAUUUUCAAA